CUCGGCCAAAAGGAAGACGCGGCUCCAGGGACCAUGUCCGAAAAUGGCCCUCGCUCCGAGGCGCCGCUGUACUUCGAGGUAGAGGUGGACCCUUUGGAAGGGGGCGACGAAGACGACGACGACAAGCUGCACUUUGACAAAGGUGACGGCCUGAUGGCGGAACCCUCGUCGUCCGGCGGACGCGUGUACGACCGCACCACCGUGCUCAUCGAGCGCGACCCCAUCCGACUGGACGAAGAGGGCGAGGAGGAGGGCCACUGCGGAGGCGACGACGAUGGCGUCGCCUUCCUUACUGAGGGCGACGAGGAGGAGGGUUCGCUGGCCUUCAUGGCCGACCGCGACGCAAUGUCGCAGGGAUACGUGCACCACACCAUCUCGCCGGACCAGAUUCAGUUCACCAUCAAUCCGGGCUCCACACCCAUGCCGCGGAAUAUCGAGGGCGCCACACUCACACUGCACUCGGAGUGUCCGGAGACCAAGCAGACAGAGGUAAAACGCUACCAGUGCAUGUUCGAAGGCUGCACCAGGACUUACAGCACGGCGGGAAACCUGCGCACGCACCAAAAGACCCACCGCGGCGAGUACACGUUUGUCUGCAACCAGCAAGGCUGCGGCAAGGCCUUCCUCACCUCGUAUAGCCUCAAGAUCCACGUCCGCGUUCACACCAAGGAGAAGCCGUUCGAGUGCGACGUACAAGGCUGCGAGAAGGCCUUCAACACCUUGUACAGGUUAAAAGCACACCAGAGACUACACACGGGAAAAACAUUCAACUGUGAAUCCGAAGGAUGCACAAAGUACUUUACGACACUCAGCGACUUGAGGAAGCACAUUCGUACGCACACUGGAGAGAAGCCCUUCCGGUGCGACCACAACGGUUGCGGCAAAGCUUUUGCAGCAAGUCAUCACCUAAAAACGCACGUGCGGACCCACACAGGCGAGAAGCCUUUCAACUGUCCGAGUGACGGCUGCGAGAAGACUUUCAGUAGCCAGUAUAGUUUGAAGAGUCACAUUCGAGGUCACGACAAGGGACAGCCCUUCAGCGUCACCCUCGCUCACCCGCUGUCCGAAGAUGCAAAUCAUUCGCUGUGCCUCAGUGACUUAAGUCUGAUCUCGACAGACUCUGAGCUACGAGAGCAACUACACAAUGCACAGAAUUUGGACCUGAACAAUGUGACUCCUGUGAAAAUCUUUGAGCUCAUGUUCCAGAGUCCUGAAAAUAGUGUCAGUCAGGAUGAGGCCCGGCCUAGCGAAAGUCUCGCCGAACGCUUCGGCUUGGAAACCCCUACCCCGCCCACUGUGACCGAAGCACCAUCUAUGAGGUCUUUCUCUUUCACACCAGCCUCUUCCUCGUCCUCCUGCACGGCCACCAUCAUGGAGGCUCCUCCUUCCUCUCAGGCCCUCGUGCCUGCCUCCGCAGCCCCCUCCACCGUUCCCUCUCAGCCGCACACUUACUUGCAUAUCUCCGAGGGGCCCGUUCAGGCCUCCGUGCAAGCUCCGAACCAUGUCGCCCCACAGCACUACGUCGCGCUCCCGCCGGCAUUCAUCCAGCAGGAAACCACGGCCCAACCCUGUCCUCCGCCUGUCUCAACGGAGGCUCUGGCGCCACCCGUCGCGCCAAAUGUCACGAGCGCCGCCUCGGAAGCCCUGGCGGCUGUAGCCCAACCCGUGCCUUUGGCCGGUCACGCCAUCUCCGGUUCCGGACCCACUGCCAUCACUAUCGCGCCCACGCAGAACCUGCUGCAGCCCGGCCUGGUUAUGUCCGAUCAGAACCUCCAAUGGAUCCUGAGCAGCGCCACAAACACCCAGCAGAAUUCUGAACAGGCAUCACAAGGUGGUCCAAAAGUUGAGAAGGUGUUCUUUACUACGGCCAUACCAGUGGGAGGAAAUUCAGGCAGCUCUGUCCAGCAGAUUGGCUUGAGCCUGCCUGUCAUCAUCAUCAAGCAGGAGGAGUCGUGUCAGUGUCAUUGCGCCUGCAGGGACACAACUAAGGACAAGAACACGUCAUCCGCCGCCUCAGUGCAGCCACAACCAGCAGACACGACCCCGCCUCCUGCUCCGGCGCCACCUCAAGAUCCCACCCCUGCUAUCCCCUGUUGCCUCCCCAAGUCAUCCUCCAAGGUGGGUGAUAACAAUCCCUCCACCACUCAGACUUUCCCCCCACCGCCGUCGUCAUCAUCCUCGCACGGUCUGGCCAAUAUGGACGUGUCGGACUUCCUCGGGCUGCAAAGCCCAGAGACCGCCGCCAACAUCGAAGCCCUGCUGCUGGUCGCCGACGACUUCAACAUGGCCCUAGAAGGCAACCCUUAG